AGUGCAGUGCUGGCGGCUCGGCUCCCGGGCGUAAGGCGGGCUGCUUCUCAAGUGUGUUUCUCAAGCGCUGACGGGCCGCGCUGGCGGACCCCGGCUCUGGCGACAGCACGGAGGCGCAGGCUGUGUCCGAUGGCUCGGGGCCGGGCACCGCCAGUCCCCGGACGGCCCCUCCGGUGACGGUGCUGGUGAUGCGGCAGGACGAGGCCGCGGCGGAGAGCGCUCUGAGGCCGGGCCUGGCGGGGAGCGAGGCGGCGGCGGACGCCGAGGACGAGGCGGGGGAGGACGACGCCGACUUACUGGACACAUCGGACCCGGCGGGCGGCGGCGAGAGUGCGGCCAGCCCGGAGGAGCUGGAGGACGAGGAUGCGGAGGGUGGCGGCGCAGUGCGCAGGCGAGGCUCUAAGACCUGCACCUACGAGGGCUGCCGCGAGACCACCAGCCAGGUAGCCAAGCAACGCAAGCCCUGGAUGUGCAAGAAGCACCGCAACAAGAUGUACAAGGACAAGUACAAGAAGAAGAAGAGCGACCAGGCACUGGGCUCUGGCGGCCCCUCCGCGGCUAGCACAGGCAACGUCAAACUGGAGGAAAGCACAGACAACAUACUCUCCAUUGUCAAGCAGAGAACAGGAUCUUUUGGGGAUCGCCCUGCAAGACCUACUCUUUUAGAGCAAGUGUUAAAUCAGAAAAGACUGUCAUUACUAAGAAGUCCAGAAGUUGUCCAGUUUUUGCAGAAACAGCAGCAGCUACUAAAUCAACAGGUUUUGGAGCAAAGACAGCAGCAGUUCCCUGGAGCGCCGGUAUGAGGGCUUAGGAAGUCUGCUGUGCUUUACCUUGCUGUAAUGGAUGGGUGUGCUUUUAGACUAAGACGAUGCCCUGAUAAUCAGGCAUUGGUGGUGUACAUGUGGAAUCCCUGAACUUGGAAAACUGAGCCAAGAGGAUCCCAAGUUCAAAGCCAGCCUGGGCUACAUAGCAAGUUCCUUUCUCAAAAAAGAGAAAGAGAGAGAGAGAGAAAUAGAAAAACUACUUUCCUGUAAAUGUGUGUGUGUGUGUAUUUGAGGAUAAAUAAGUAUUAAUUUUUUGCAUUUAAUUGUUUCAUAUCACUAUGAGUUUCAAAAAAAUCACCUUUAUAGUUUUUAAUGUUUUUCUUCAGUUCUCCUUACUGAAGCUAAUGAGGCAGUUACUUUCUGUGGAAGUCAUAAAAGUAAUAGUAAUAUCAACACCUAGUGCUGUGAUUCUCAUCAAGAAGCACUGUAAAGGAAUGGUAUGUUUUGGGUUUUCACAAUGGCCUUGUACUAGGCUGUAGUGAGGGGCCAGGAAUCUUAGCGUUCUGCAGCAUCUGUGGUAUUCCAUCAGCUACAUGUAACCUUGCCAGUAAUGCGCCUCAGGUGCAUUGAUAACCUGAGGCCAGCACAAGGUCAGGUGCUCGUAGUAACCUUUCUGUAUAGUUCAAGUGGAGUUCUGAAAGCUAAGCAUGUUUACACUCUGAGGUCUUCAGUGACUAGAGAGAGAGAGAGUCCAUUAAAGUUGGUGCCUCCGUGGUUGGGGGGGGGGUCACUCUCCUUUAAAGCAGGUCGAAUUGUGAACAAUUCAGAUAUACUCAGCCCAGCAAGGCUAGGACAGAGUUAGUUUUCUUAUAGUCAUUCUUAAUGUUCUUCAUAAAGGAGAUCCUGAAGGUAGAUUAACACUCACUUAUUGUCAGUGCUUUUCAAAAUUGAGCACUUAUUCCUAGCUACUGUUAAAGGAAUGAUGCGUUAUCUGGGUACUUUUUUUUUUUUUUGUACUUUUUCCUAGGAAAACUUUAAAGAGGCAAAAAUAUCAUAAGAUACAGUAUCAGAUGUCAAGAGAGUAUAUCCAGGAGUAAGUUAAUAAGUGAGUCAAGGCCAAAUGUGUCAGUUGGUUGAUUCCUAAACCUUGAAAUAUAUACGAUGUUAAACUUAUAGCUAUGAUAAGAACUCACAGGGCUACAGAUGCAGCUUAGCCUUACUGUGCCUGCCUAGCGUGUGCAAGGCCCUCAGCCCACUCCCACCCUCACCACCACGAUAAACAGAUGCAAGGAGAAGAGUGAUUUUCUUCAUUUUUGUUCUAUACUUGUGUAUCUGAAAAAGACCCUUUGCCAAAAUUAUUCAAUAAAGGCCAGCUGUUGAAUUUCUGA